AUGCGUCCUCUCUUCUGCGCUCUGUUAUUGAGGGUUGUGGCUACCGGUUUGCCAGAUGGGCGUCUUCUGGAAGGCGGGAUUUCUGCUCGACUAGGGGUUCGCUAUGCCGACCAGCCAAAACGAUUUCAGCGAGCUAGUUUGGCAAAUGGUUGGAAGGAUGAGCAAGGAAACGCCAUGGACAAACCAGCAAAGGCGUGUCCUCAAGCAAAAUGUUUGUUUUUGCCGCCUCCCGCCUCUUCGCUGCUUCCCGUCAUUGUCUACAUCCACGGAGGCGCCUAUAAAUUUGGAAGUGGAAACGAAUUUACCGUGGAAAACUUGGGAAAUUUAUCGAACCAUGACCAAGUUAUAGUGGUUACGGUGCAAUACCGACUGUCAGUCCUGGGCUUUUUCUACCCGCAUUUUCCAUCCUCGAAGUUUCAUGCAAAUCUUGGACUCGAUGACACGCAUUUGGCAAUUAAAUUUAUCUCCAAAAAUAUUCAUGAG